UUCAAUGCCGCCAUGUUGUAGGAAAUCGGUUUGUGGUGGAUUGGAGUUUAAUCCGAGUGAAGACGGAGAGGGGCUGGAAGAUUGAACUGUAAAACCCGUACCAAAUAGGCCUAGAAACAAUGAAAUAGAUAAAAAACGAUUGACAUUUUUUUUUAAACUAGACGGAGCGACGUAACCUAUUUGACUUGAAAAUCUAGGGGAACACGGUUGCGUUUUUUCAUUUAUGCAUCUACAUUUUUAUGUUUGCUAGUUUAGAUUAAUUCGGUCAGAAAUUGACAGCAACUGGAGAGCUACCGAAGGACAUAGAAGGCAUUCGAGAAAGGAAAGCGUCCCCCUUACCCCUUCCCCUCUCUGCUUUCACCUCGCAAGCAGCCUGGGAGAAGAAACCCCGUUUAAGGUGCUACUGGUUUAACGUUAGAUUUCGGGGCAAAAUAAUUCAGGUCGCUUGCUCGCUAGCUAAUUUAUCGUGCACGGAGGAAUUGGCUAGCUAACGGUAGCUGGCCACAUAGCUGUAUUUUUCGCACAUUUCCUGACGUGAGACGAAGUGAAACAUGUCAGUGAAGGAGCAGAACAAGCAGUCCACCACCGAACGGCCAAUUAAAGCGGUGCCGUACCCCCCCACCACGCGCCUCUCCAUGAAGGAGCUGUACGAGGACGGGAAGCCCAAGGUGGAGGUGCUGAAGAGCCACCUGGUGAAGGAGGGCCGGCUGGAGGAGGAGGCCGCCAUGCGCAUCAUCAACGACGGAGCCAACAUCCUGCGCCAGGAGAAGUGCAUGCUGGAGGUGGAGGCACCAAUCACAGUGUGCGGCGAUGUGCACGGGCAGUUCUUCGACCUGAUGAAGCUGUUCGAGGUGGGCGGGUCCCCCAACAACACGCGCUAUCUGUUCCUGGGAGAUUACGUGGACCGGGGAUACUUCAGUAUUGAGUGUGUUCUGUAUCUGUGGACCCUGAAGAUCAACCAUCCCACCACACUGUUCCUGCUCAGGGGGAACCACGAGUGCCGACACCUCACAGAGUACUUCACCUUCAAACAGGAGUGUAAAAUAAAGUAUUCCGAGCGCGUUUAUGACGCCUGUAUGGACGCGUUCGACUGCCUGCCCCUCGCCGCCCUCCUUAAUCAGCAGUUCCUGUGCGUCCACGGCGGCCUGUCACCUGAAGUCAGCUGCCUAGAUGACAUCAGGAAAUUAGACAGUCCCACCCAGCUCCCCCUCUCACCGUCUCUCUCUCUCUCUCUCUGUCUCUGCAGUUACCCAGCAGUAUGCGACUUCCUGCUGAACAAUAACUUGCUAUCAGUAAUAAGAGCACAUGAAGCCCAGGACGCAGGGUACCGCAUGUACAGAAAGAGCCAGACCACUGGCUUCCCCUCAUUAAUCACAAUCUUCUCUGCACCAAACUACUUAGAUGUCUACAAUAACAAAGCUGCUGUGUUGAAAUAUGAGAACAACGUGAUGAACAUCCGGCAGUUCAACUGCUCCCCCCACCCGUACUGGCUGCCCAACUUCAUGGACGUCUUCACGUGGUCCCUGCCUUUCGUGGGGGAGAAAGUGACGGAGAUGCUGGUGAACGUGCUGAACAUCUGCUCGGACGACGAGCUCAUGUCGGAGGGAGACGACACGUGCGAAGGUGGGACUCCAGCUGUGCGGAAGGAGGUGAUCCGGAACAAGAUCCGCGCCAUCGGCAAGAUGGCCCGAGUGUUCUCUGUGCUAAGAGAGGAGAAUGAGAGCGUGCUGCAGCUGAAGGGGCUGACUCCCACGGGGACGCUGCCGCUGGGUGUGCUGUCAGGCGGCCGUCAGACUCUGGAGAGCGCCACCGCAGAGGCAGCUGAGGCUAAAGCCAUCCAAGGGUUCAACCCCCAGCACAAGAUCCAGAGUUUCGAGGAGGCCCGCGGCCUGGACCGGAUCAACGAGAGGAUGCCCCCCCGCAAAGACGCCAAGCAGCCGGACGGCAUCGCCGUCAACGCCGCCAACGCGCCCGACAAGAACGGGACCAACGCGCAGGCGUAGACACGCCCAUGCCCCCAAACCCUCCCCACCCCUUAUCCCCCCCCCCCCACGCGCCCCCCCCCCCCCCCCCCCGCCCCAGCGUCACGCUCGUCUUUGCCCUCAUUCGCUCUCCGCUCUUCACCGCCCCCUGCUGGAGGGCGUGCUGCGCCGCGGCGGGAACAGGCGGCGGAAACGCACACAACAGCCGCCGCCGGCAACGCCAGAAACGCCACCAGGCCGACCGCGACAAACGCCCCGAAGCAGACCGUCAUUUUUAUUUAUUUAUUGAGAUAUGAUAACACUUUAAUAUCUGUACGUAAUAGCUCAGAGUAAAUGAAUAAACGGUAUAUCUAUAUAUGUACAUAAAUAUAUACGGGGGAGGGGGGGAGGAAGGGCGCAAAGGAAAACCAUGGCAACGGUAACCAUCGACAAUCUCAUUUUUUGUAGAACCGAACUGAUGUAGGAGAUCAAUGUUACACGCACAUUUCUGUAAAUUCAAAAAAGCUCUCGUUCAACAGAGUUGAGAAAACAUCUGUCCGGGGGGCCUGUCUAUCACUCACACUAGGAGGUAGGAUGACAGGAAGAGGAGGAAAAAAAAAUUAGCACAGAAUAUGAUUGAAUUAAUGCAUUAAACGUAUGGCAUGGGCCGCGUUGGCGUACGUUACAAGGCUCUGGGCCGAACGCGCUGUUUGCGGCUGCUUUGUGUCCAGGGCAGGCGUGCGUGCUAACCAACGCUCCCUUGUCCCUAAACGAAAAGAAUUUUCGGUUUUCAGAAUUGUUUCAGUUCACGUUUAGAUUUUUUUUUAUAGCCCUGUUGCAUCCGUCUGUCUGGAGCUUCUUGUUACUGGCUUUUGUGGCCUGUAGGCCUUGCAGAAGCACACAGCGGGGCGGGGGGGGGGGGUGUUCUACGUUCCUCCUGCGUACGGCUGCUGUCCCUCGGCGUUUCGUUGCCAGACUCCCCCCCCCUCCCCCCCCGCCCCCAGCCUCCCCGCCCCCUUAUUUCUCAGAACCGGAGUUCGGGCCCUGACCGGGUCGUCUGCUGUCCGGCAGCAGGCCGGUCCGAAGCAGACUGCCCGCACUUCCACGUUGUUUCCGUUUCCUUCGUUCCUGUACCGUAUUCGCUUGAUAGUAUUAUCGUCAAAAACUCGCGGUCGUUUUCUGCCUCGCCACGCGGUAUUCCUCGACGGAACGUAGCCCGCGCGGGUUGGCGGGAAGCGUUAGCGCGUACCAAGCCCACGACCCCGCGACCCCGCGGCCGGGCAAGACGCCGGUCGCCACCUCCCUCGCGCUGGGGGUGAGAAGGUUUUUUUUUUUUUUCGUUUUUUUUCGGAGGGAUAGCAUAAGUAUUCACCCAGCUGUGGAGAGACUUUUAGUUUUCUGUUCUUUUACUGUAAAAAAAAAUGUUACACUCCUAUUCCUGCUUCUUGCCCAGUGCAUGCUGGGAUAGGCUUCGGCAACCCCCGCUACCCUGACCAGGAGUGAGCGGGUUAGAUAAUGGAUGGAUGGAUGGAUGGAUGGGUGUUCCAGUCCAUGCUGUCCAAUCCCAGCUCUCUUUCAGCUGGGUGGGCGGGGAUUCUCACUCCUCUCAGUGAUACGUAUAACAUCACUGUCUCUUUAAAGGCCGGCAAUGCAGACAAAGUCUUUCCCUCCCUCCCAUUGUUUUAUCUGUCCCAGAGGUCCUAUAGCAGCAGCUACAUUGCCUGCGAAAUGACCUAGCAGAGCGUGUAGGCCUUCCUGCCGGGCGAUAGCUUUAGCGCGGUAUUAACAGGAGGGUUAUUAGGACCCUGAGAGCGCUGUGUCGGAGUCUGGCUGAAGACCGCUGGGUUCUUCGGUGGUAGACUGUUCUCAAGGGACGCCGAACGGUUACUCACCCGUGGCCGUCCCUCGUCUUUCGGUUUCGCCCCGACGCCAGCAGCAGCGGGCUACGCUAAUCGCCGCGGGGCGCGGGGCGCGUACGACGCGAACCUUAACGAUGCCAAGUAGAUUAGAGUCCACCUGUUCACUGUGGUGGGGCUAACCGACCGCCAGGCAGUAUCACGAGAGGAAGCCGUCGUGCUCGGACGUAGAAAUAGCUGACGCGCCGAAUCGGGGCACGCCCGUCCAGGGGUGUAGAUACGGAAGGGGCUAGACCGGGCGCGUGCCCCCCGGGGAGGCGACGGCUGAAUGUACGCGGGGGAAAGAACAGACGUUAAACCAAAGAGGAACGCAUCGGGACCGGUCGACAGAGUUCUGCACGUCGCCCUAGCGAUUCUUUGAACUUUGGGGCGGAGCUCGCUGUAUAGUAACCGUGGCAACCGCCCGCAUCACAGUUCAAAGGGGAGCCGUGCUAGGAUGAUGAGAGGGGGACUGCAGUGGCUGUCAAGAAAAAUGCCCCCAACCCCCCGCCCCCCCCCCCAUCCCCGCCCUUUAGUUUCUCUUUUUUUUUCUCAUUGAAUUGUGGAUUUGUGUUCUUACAGGGUGUGCUCUCUCUGUACUGUAGAAACAAGGCUCUGUGGGGCAGAUGCUUCCCUUCAGGUUAAGUUUAAAAAUAAGAAAAUGCGCUUUAGUGUGUGUGUGUGUGUCGGGGAGGUGGGGCUGGGUGGGGCGGGGCUGGUUUGAGAAUUGGGGUGCAGGGAGCUGUCAGGGGCGGGGAGGGGGGGCGGGCUAUGAUCAUUUCUGACUUCUGUUAAAGUUUCCAAACAUAUCUCACAGAAUGUACAGGAAAUGUUUAUUAAGAUUUUCUUAAGAGCUGUAAAAAAAAAAAAGAAAAGAAAAAGGUUUUUUGGUCAAGUACUUGUAUUGCGAAGCCUCUGAAUCUUCAUUUAUUUAGAUGUUUCACUCAACAACAAAAAAAGGUCAAAAAAGAAAUACAAAAGAGAAAGUGU